UGCUUGGGGCAACGCAAGGAGGAGCACAGAAGAGCCCGCAACCUCCUAAGAAACGCAAAUGGCGCACCCCCAGCCCAUCGCCGUGCUUUUACCCAUUUGACACCCCGCGCACUGAUACCCAACGCCGUCGUGCCUCGGAGGACAUGCCGGAUCCCAGGAACAAGGUGGCGGUUCCUCGUGCUAGGUCACCUUCGCCUUCACCAGAGCGCCCUCGGUCUCCAUUGACGACCCCGUUCAUCGCCCCCAACGCGGACACGUCCCUUCCCACCGAGACCGUGCAGCCAGCCGUCCCUUCCUCCUCUUUCGCGCCUGACGGCGAAGGCGACGGUGAGGAAGCCAACUACGACUAUGAAAAUCCCUCUGAGAAUGAUGUCAACGAGGCGGAAGAGGAGGACGAGGAAGGAGACGAGACCAAUCUUGGAUGCAAGAAACUGGCUUCGGGAGGAUUCCGAUGCAAGACGUGCAUCAAUCCCCCGGUUUACGCAAAGACGCGGAAGGAGAUAGAGCGCCAUCUCACAUCAGCUGAACCCCACUGUCCAAAGGGCUACAUCGCCGCUGAAAUCAAGGCAGGAUCCAAGCCUGGACAAGAGGAGCGACUCGACGCCGUAUUGGCGUAUCAGGCUAGGUUGGUAUCGGAGGGUUUGCUUUGAG